CCGGUGGAUCCACCCGGAGCUGCGGCACCCCGCAGGUCCCUCUCCGGCUCCAAGCCUGCGUGGGGAAGUUUCCCCGAGGGAAGGUACCGAACGGAUCUGGUACAGGAAGCGACUCAGGUGCUGUAAACUACAAACAAUGACCCUGUGUUAAUACUGCAGACGUAUUGUAGUGGAACUAAAGGGAACUUAAUUUACUGGUUAACCACACUCUUCUCAGCUUUAAGCCAAACAUAAGAAGAGACAUUAAGACUUUCAUUCUUUUCUGGGUUGCCUCCUUCCUGAAGAGCAAUGGAGAUGCCGUUAAGUGGAAGAGGAUUAAUCACAUCUAUAAUUUUCUUCCUGUUAAAAUUCUCAACAGCUGUUGAUAUACCACUUUCAGUUCAACAGGUUCCAACGAUCAUAAAACAGUCAAAAGUCCAAGUUGCCUUUCCCUUUGAUGAAUAUUUUCAGAUUGAAUGUGAAGCUAAAGGAAAUCCAGAACCAACAUUUUCGUGGACUAAGGAUGACAAGCCUUUUGAUCUCUCUGACCCUCGGAUAAUUGUCUCUAACAACUCAGGAACCUUCAAGAUCCCAAAUGAGGGGCACAUAGCUCACUUUCAAGGGAAAUACCGCUGCUUUGCUUCCAAUAAACUGGGAAUCGCUAUGUCAGAAGAAAUCGAAUUCAUAGUUCCAAAUGUUCCAAAAUUCCCAAAAGAAAAAAUCGACCCUCUUGAAGUGGAGGAGGGCGAUCCAAUCGUNCUCCCAUGCAACCCUCCCAAAGGCCUCCCGCCUUUACACAUUUAUUGGAUGAAUAUUGAAUUAGAGCACAUCAAACAAGAUGAAAGAGUAUACAUGAGCCAGAAGGGGGACCUGUACUUCGCAAAUGUGGAAGAAAAAGACAGUCGGAAUGACUACUGUUGCUUUGCUGCCUUCCCAAGAUUAAGGACUAUUGUGCAGAAAAUGCCAAUGAAACUAACAGUUAACAGUUUAAAGCAUGCUAAUGACUCAAGUUCAUCCACAGAAAUUGGUUCGAAGGCAAAUUCAAUCAAGCAAAGAAAACCCAGGCUGCUGUUGCCUCCUCCCGAGAGUGGCAGUGAGUCCUCAGUCACCAUCCUCAAAGGGGACACCCUGCUGCUGGAGUGUUUUGCUGAAGGCCUACCAACUCCACAGGUUGACUGGAACAAAAUGGGUGAUGAUUUACCAAAGGGAAAAGAAACAGAAGUAAAUGAUGGCAACACUUUGAAGAUAGAGAAUGUCUCCUACCAGGACAAAGGAAGCUAUCGCUGCACAGCCAACAAUUUCUUGGGAUCAGCCACUCAUGAUUUUCAUGUUAUAGUAGAAGAGCCCCCUCGCUGGACAAAGAAACCUCAGAGUGGCGUGUACAGCACUGGGAGCAGUGGUAUCUUGUUAUGUGAGGCUGAAGGAGAACCUGAACCCACAGUCAAGUGGAGAGUCAACGGCUUCCCAAUUGAGAGAAAUCCAUUUUCUGGUGAUGUCAUCACCUCCGGAGAAAUCAGUUUUACCAACGUACAGCCGAACCACACCGCUGUGUACCAGUGCGAGGCCUCGAACGUCCACGGCACGAUCCUGGCCAGUGCCAACAUCGAUGUCGUAGAUGUUCGCCCGUUGAUACAAACGGCAGAUGAAGAAAAUUACGCUACAGUGGUUGGGUACAGUGCUUUCUUGGACUGUGAGUUCUUUGCUUCACCCGAGGCAAUAGUGUCCUGGCAGAAGAUGGAAGAGGCAAAACCCCUUGAAGGCAGACGGUAUCAUAUCCACGAGAACGGCACGUUACAGAUCAACAAGACCACAGAAGACGAUGCUGGUUCCUACUCCUGCUGGGUAGAAAAUGCUAAAGGAAAAACAGCAGUCACAGCCAAUCUGGACAUUAGAAAUGCUACAAAACUUAGAGUUUCUCCUAAGAAUCCUCGUGUCCCCAGGUCACAUACAGUUGAAUUCCAUUGUGAGAGCAAAUGUGACUCAUAUUUGAAGCACAGUCUAAAGUUGUUCUGGAGUAAAGAUGGAGAAGCUUUUGAAAUGAACGGCACGCAGGAUGGCAGGAUAAUUAUCGAUGGAGCUAAUCUGACUAUAUCUAACAUCACCUUAGAGGACCAAGGUGUAUAUUCCUGUUCAGCUCACACUGCUCUGGACAGCACUGCUGAGAUGACUCAAGUAACUGUCCUUGAUGUUCCAGAUCCACCAGAAAACCUUCACUUGUCUGACAGACAGAACAGGAGUGUUCGGCUGACGUGGGAAGCUGGGGACGACCACAACAGCAAUGUUAGCGAAUAUAUUGUAGAAUUUGAAGGGAACAAAGAGGAACCUGGAAGGUGGGAGGAACUGACUAGAGUCCAAGGAAAGGAAACAGCAGUCCUGUUAUCUCUGGCUCCAUACGUGAGAUACCAGUUUAGGGUCACGGCUGUGAAUGAAGUAGGGAGAAGCCAGCCCAGCCGGCCGUCAGACCAUCAUGAAACCCCCUCCAGCAGGUAUGUAACUCCAGACAAGAAUCCACAAAAUAUAAGGGUUCAAGCUUCUCAACCCAAGGAAAUGAUUAUAAAAUGGGAGCCUUUGAAACCCAUGGAGCAGAAUGGACCAGGGCUGGAGUACAGAGUGACCUGGAAGCCGCAGGGAGCUCCAGUGGAGUGGGAGGAAGAAACAGUCACAAACCACACCCUGCGGGUGAUGACACCGGCUGUCUAUGCUCCGUAUGAUGUCCAAGUCCAAGCCAUCAACCACCUGGGCUCUGGCCCUGAGCCUCAGCCAGUGAUCCUCUAUUCCGGAGAAGACUAUCCUGAUACAGCUCCCGUGAUCCAUGGGGUGGAUGUUAUAAACAGCACGUUGGUUAAAGUCACCUGGUCAGCAAUUCCAAAGGACAGAGUUCACGGACAUCUGAAAGGAUAUCAGGUAAAUUGGUGGAAAACGAAAAGUCUGUUGGAUGGGAGAACACAUCCCAAAGAAGUAAACAUUCUGAGAUUUUCAGGACAAAGAAACUAUGGAAUGGUUCCUUCCCUAGAUGCCUUUAGUGAAUUUCACCUAACAGUCUUAGCCUAUAAUUCCAAAGGCGCUGGUCCGGAAAGCGAGCCUUAUAUAUUUCAAACACCAGAAGGAGUACCUGAACAGCCGACUUUUCUCAAGGUCAUCAAAGUUGAUAAAGACACUGCCACUUUAUCCUGGGGACUACCUAAGAAAUUGAAUGGAAACUUAACUGGCUAUCUAUUACAAUACCAGAUAAUAAAUGACACCUAUGAGAUUGGAGAACUAAACGAUAUCAACAUUACCACUCCGUCAAAGCCCAGCUGGCGUCUGUCAAACCUCAGUGCAACUACCAAGUACAAGUUCUACCUGAGGGCGUGCACUGCAAAGGGCUGUGGAAAACCUGUCACCGAGGAGAGCGCCACAUUAGGAGAAGGGAGUAAAAGUGUCGGGAAGAUAUCAGAAGGAGUUAAUGUUACUCAAAAGACUCAUCCAGUAGAGGUAUUUGAGCCGGGAGCUGAACACAUAGUUCGCCUAUUGACUAAGAAUUGGGUUGAUAACAAUAGCAUUUUUGAAGAUGUAAUUGAGACAAGAGGGAGAGAAUAUGCUGGUUUAUACGAUGACAUCUCCACUCAAGGCUGGUUUAUUGGACUGAUGUGUGCGAUUGCUCUCCUCACACUAAUACUGUUAACUGUUUGCUUUGUGAAGAGGAACAGAGGCGGGAAGUACUCAGUGAAAGAAAAAGAAGAUCUACAUCCAGAUCCAGAAGCUCAGUCAGUGAAAGAUGAAACCUUUGGUGAAUACAGUGACAGUGAUGAAAAACCGCUCAAAGGAAGCCUUCGCUCCCUUACCAGGGAGAUGCAGGCCACAGGAAGCGCCGACAGCUUAGUGGAGUACGGGGAAGGUGACCACGGUCUAUUCAACGAGGAUGGGUCAUUUAUUGGCGCUUAUGCCGGAUCUAAGGAGAAAGGCUCUGCGGAAAGCAAUGGAAGUUCUACAGCAACGUUUCCGCUCCGAGCGUAAACGCGACCCACGAGCACCAUCAGCGGUUCAUACCGACCUUCCACAUUUGUCUGUUCAAGGGAGCAAGAACUGUCACCUAGGAAUAGAAACAUCCCGGCAGCAGAUUGCAUCCAGAAUUCCAACAUCCCGCAGUUGUGGUGAGAACAAUAGCACCGCCUUGAAAAAAUGAAAUACCUAGCACCACAGGCGUAUGCUUCCCCCCCCCACCCCCAGGUGCUUAAAAUGCAGAACACAAAGCGAGUCCCGUACUUAGAUUCACCUCGACUGAAUCCAAAGUUUCCACCCCGUGCGCUCCAGAUUCCCCUGUGUUUGCGUAGUUGUUGCUGCCCUGUGGUUGUCUCUGUGUGCACCUGUGCACUUGGUCUCUGAGAACUGUCCUAAGACUUCGCUUCAUGACAGGUUAAACGUCGGUAAGCAAACUGGUUAUUGAAAAUGUAAAGAGGAAUAUGGAUGUCUUAGUAAAACAGUUCAUUGAAUAUAUACAGUCUCAAUGUAUUAUUUAAAAUUUUAGUAGCAGAAGUUGUAGGUCUACUAGUAUUUAUUGAGCUCCUAACUCUUUGCCCAGAGAUGGUCAUGCUUAACCCAGAAUGCUAACUUUCUCAGUUUCAACAUGAAUUUAUAUCAUUCAGUUAUGACAUCUACAAAGAUCUUUGCUUUUGGGGUUUUUUUUUGGACUACAUUCAGCUGCCAAGGAAGCAGUGGUCAGAAGGUGAUCUUAUGGAAGAACAGGUACGGGGUGUCCGUGACGCUGGUGUCUAGUAUCUGUAUCUAUGUAACAUUUCCACUUCUAAAUUGACUGCUUUUGCCUUUUUUCUAUGUUUGUAUAAUGGUAUGCACCAUAGACUUCAUGAAUGCAUUGUACAUAUUAUGUUAAUAUUUAAACAAUUUAAAAUAGACUGUUUUAUUUUGAAGUGAGAAGAAGAACAUUAACAGGCAUGUCUGUACAGUUAGAAUAUAUAGUCAUAGCCCAUUUUUCAUCAUUCCAGAGCUACCACCAGGAACAGGAGGUUCCCAAACUGAAGACUUUGUACAAAGCAUUUUGGAUUUUGUUCUUAUAUGCUUUUCCAACAGUCUCAAAAUAAAAUAUCAUAUAACUAUUGAGGGA